UUUUUGUUUCUGUCCGUGUCCAAAAAAUUCUCAACAACCCAUAUCAAUUUCUUGGCUGAACUCUGAACGACAAACCCUAACCCUAUCCUAAAUUUCACAACAGCGAAACGAUGCUACUUUCUCCCGGCCACUCUCCGCGCGACAUCUCGUCACCAUCGCCAUCUUCAUAUUCUGAAAGUAAUCUACAAAGCGUCAGCAAUUCCUCUUCAGCUACUCCGAAAGUUCCACCAGGUAAACGACCCAAAGUACUUGAUGAAGACACGUAUGUCACGGCGAUCGAGAGUAUCAUUGAGCGCGACUACUUCCCCGAUUUAUCUAAGCUUCGUGACCGGUACGAAUGGCUACAGGCGACCAGAACCGGUGACCCGAUCCAGAUACGAGACGCCCAGUUGAAGAUCAUAGAACGUCGCAAUAAAGGGGUAAUUAGUCUAAGCUCCGAGGCAAAAUCUGAAUCACGAACACAAACACCUGGUUCUACUUUUAUGCGAAAUUUUACUCCUUUUGACGAAUUUAAUGUUAAUGUUAGAACUCCGAAAAUUGGGGAGGAAUUAUCCGGUGAGGGAGAGUCUAGGGAUGAUAAUUGUGAGGUUGAUGUGUCGUUAAAGUUAGAUGAUUUUUUGAGAAGGUAUACGAGUGAAGAUAAUGAUAGUUUUUCGAAACUUUUAGGGAAAGUUAAUAGGAAGAGAAAAGAUAGAUAUGAUUUUUUAUUAGAAGGUGAGAAGGCGGAUAAUAAUUUGAUUGAGGAUGUUAAGCGGGAUCGAAUUACAGAUGGAUAUGGUACGUCAGAUCAACCACCAAGUACUUUAGAAGGGUGGAAGUAUACGGCCAAGAAUUUGUUGAUGUACCAUCCAUCUGACCGAGGUGAGGCCCCAUUGACUGAGGAAGAACGGGCUGUGAGAUUGAAGGGUUUAACUAAGGAAAUUAAUAAAACAAAUACUCGUUUUCAUGGUAAAAUUAUGGAUUCUAGGCCAAAAGAUGAUGGUACAGUUGAAGUGCUUUAUACUCCUGUUUCUGGGACUACUCCUGGGCCUGUGUAUGAUAGAGAUGGGGAUAAGACGAAGAAGUAUGAUUUAGAGGAUAUGAGGAAGACACCAAAUAGGUUCUAUGUGGAAUCGGCAAAGAAAGCAGAGAAUGGAUAUAGUUUUGUCAGGACGCCGUCACCAGCUCCAGGGGUUGAUGAAUCCCCAUUCAUUACAUGGGGUGAGAUUGAAGGGACACCAUUGAGGUUGGAUGAUGAGGACACUCCUAUUGAUAUUGGUGGUAGUGGUGAAGGGCCUCAUUUUAAGAUUCCUAGUGCACCUUCAAGAGAUGUGAAGGCCCACGAGUUGUCAAGGGAAGCUUCAAGAAAGUUGAGGGAGAGGUCAAAGAUGUUACAUAAGCCACCGUUGUCAUCUCCAUAUAGAGGGGGAAGUGCGAGUCCGAGUGCCAAGAUGCUCUCUCCUGCCGCCCGGAAGUUCAUGAGGAAAGCAAUUGCCAAGUCUUCAUCUUCUGUUGACGGUGCCCUUCGUGCCAGCUACCGAGGUUCAAGCCCUAUGUUGGGUACCCCUAAAGGUGGAAGGAGUGUGUCAAGACUUGGUAGAGAUGAGAGCAUGAGUUCCCGGUCACCUUCUGUAAGGGAGGGUUCCAAUCCUCCCUGGUAAUAUGGUUUUCACUUGUUGGUGCUGUUAUGAUAAUUGCUUGAGUUUAAGCAAUAUUAAAUGUAAUUUCUGGAGUAAUAAUCCCUUUUUUUUUUUACGUGAAUGGAUGAGUGUAUCAUUCCAAACAUCAUAUGUAUCAUAACCAAAUCUUAUUUCCAGGUUUCCAAAUGCUAGUUCUUUGUUUCCUGUAAAAAAAAAAAAAAUGCUAAUUCUCUGUUGUUAGUGUGUUGUUUCAUGAUACUUGUAACUGGAUAUUUUUAUUCUUUCCUUCUA